AUGGAACUAAAAUCAAAUUUUGGCACUACAAAAGGUUCUUUAGAUUCCGAGAGGUCGAUAAUUGAUAAAAUGUAGACUGAAUUAAAAGGGGUGUUCUUCCGAGUGAUCUAGUUGAUGUUAAAGGAUGAGGAAUAAUCCAUUCCUUUUACUUGCAUUGGAAUAUUGUUGCAAUACAUGCAGAUCACUUAUAUUAUAUUUAAUAGGUAGAUUUGGAAAGUUUGGCAGAAUGAGAUUCUAUCUAAGCAGCUGAAUAAAAUCUUUGGGUAAGGACUUUUCUUAAAUUAGAUAUGUACUGUUGACGCCAUAUUUUGAAAUGAUAAGUUUUUCUGGAUUUGCAGCUAUGAUGUAUGUAUGUUUGGGCCUCGUUUUGUUCGCGUUAAUGCUCAUCUUCUUAUUAAGCUACAGUAUCAACAAAUCCAAGAGUUCAUUCACUUGGCCGAUAAUGCUUCUAAGGUUUUUGAUAAGCAUAUUUCUCCAAGCCUUGUACAUGCCAAUCAUAGAUUUACUUUUGUCUAUGUUGGCAUGUCAGUCCGAUCAAAAUGGUAUACUCAGACAUCAACUCUUCGAUGUUCAAUGUUGGUCCAAUAUUCACAUAGUCCAUGCGAUCGUGGCCAUCUUCGGAACGAUAUUAUUUUUUGUACUCUGCAUAAUAUUCUCCCUAUUAUACUACGAAUCAAGGUACCAGCCACAUGAGGCCAGUUCAAAAUUGACAGGCAGAGCCAAUGCAGUUUUUUUGACAUACGAAUUGAUAAUGGUUAUUUGUUACACAUUUAUGAAUGGUAAGAAUUAUGAUUAUUUGAUGAUAUUAAUUAUGAUGGUUGGAAGUUUCACUAUUUUUUGGAAAAUUCAUGUUGAAUCUCCAUUCAAUAAUAUGUAUGUUCAAAAGGCUUGGUCAAUGUUGGUGGCAAUGAAUAUGUGGGGUGCAACUUUAUUAUGUUUUGCUAAAUUUUUAGAAGGAGUUCUCUUUUUUGGCACAGUCUACGCUUGGUUGGCAGGUCUGCCAUUAAUGCUGAUUGCUAUAAUAAGAAGUGAAAAAAUGCAUUAUGAUCUACUUCUACUGAAUCUAAACAAAGUCUAAGAUCCAGAUUAAGUACUUCAUCUAACAAACCAUCUUUUGAAAUUGUUUUACAAGAGUCAGCAAAAUCAAAAUUGCUCGUUGUUGUUAGAUGGAUUUCUGGAAAUACACAAAGCAACAUGCACAAGGGAAGAUUGUUAUCUAAAAUAAAAGAAAUUAAACAAUUCUAGAUAAUAAAAACCCUUGUUUAAAGAAGGAACUGUGACAGAGAGAGACGUGGACUUGCUUAUGGUGAUGGGCUAAAUCUAUUUUAAUCAAAUCAAGAAGUUUCCAAAUGAAAUCAGUCUUCGUAUCAGAUAUUCGUUUUUCUUACUUGAUAAUUUGAGAUAAAGGUAACAAGCAUUAAAUGAACUAAUACAAGCAGAAACUUUAUGUCCUAGUCUAGAUAAUGAAUUUAUUAUCUUCAGAUACAAAAGAGUGAUUGAGGAUGAAAUGAAUACAGCAUAGAAUGAAAAUAUGGGUAAUUUGGAUGUAGCAACAGAAUUAGCAUUUUAGAAUCAUAUGAGAUCAUUUUAGAAUAAAAUUGAAAGAGCCACACUUAUGCAUAUGGACUUCUGGUCCUAAUUAUAAGAAGAUUCUCCUGAUUUGGGUAAAAUGAAUGACAUUGGAGCGAAGAUUAAUUUAGCAAUCACUUAAGUCGAAGAGCUUUGGAAUAAGAUGCAGAAGAUGACUCAGAAUCUGCCUAAAGCUAUGAGGUUAUAUGGAAAAUUCAUUAUUGAAGUAUUACAAGAUAAAGAUUAUGGAGAAGAAUUAUUAGAUAGAUCUAGACAUCUGUAGACUCAGAAUAACAAAAUGAAGAAUAAAUAAACAAUAUCCCUGAUCAGUAGUGAGGAUAUUGGAUAUGAGUCAUAGCCUACUCUAUUGGUGUCUACAGCUCAAGAGAAAUUUGCAUAGAUCACAAAUUUGAAUUUGGCAUGUUGCAAUUUGUUCGGUUAUAAUAAGUCAGAGAUGAUCAAUCGAAAGAUCAACAUAUUUAUGCCAAACUUGUAUUCGAAAUUCCAUGAUGCUCAUGUAGAGAACUUCCUAUCAUCCAACGAUAAUAGAAAUAUUAAUAAAGAGAGAUUAGUGUAUAUAAAGAUGAAAUCCAAUUAUAUUAUGCCCUGCUACAUUUACUUGAAAGUGAUUCAAUCCAUAGAUGAUAACGUCUAAUUGGCAGCUUAAUUCAGAAUUCCUAAAUCUUUCAAACCUUCGUGCUAUUUAAUAUUGGAUAGCGAAGAAGUCAUCGAUUCAAUUUCAUCGUCUUGCAUUCCUUUACUGAACAUUGAUUCUAAGUUAAUUUCUCAUAAAAAAACACCGAUUACUGAGAUAUUACCAAAUUACAUGCAAUAGAAAUAAUUGUUCUUAUCCAAAGUGGGAGGUCCAAUCGUUUUCAAUCCUGCCACUCAAUCGGGUGUUAGCAAUAGUCAAUUGGCUUCUCAAGAAUUAGAUGAUCAAGACAAGAAAGACGACAAUAUUCAGUUUUAAUGUUACACUUACGAGGUAAUGAAUGAAAACCAAGACUAAGUUGUUGGAUACAUUGUUAAAUUAGAGUAAUAGGGAACGGAAGUCAGUAUGAACUUGGAAGUCAACAAUUUAUAAUAGAAAGUCCUUAGUAAUAGUAUGCAAUUUAAGUACAAUCCUUCUAAAGCUCUGUAUUUAGGAGAGUAUGUUGCUGAAUCAAAUUCACAAAGAGUUGAUUAAACAAUUCUGUGGGACUAGAAUGAUCAAUCCUCGAUGAUAUCUUCAGUUUAAGGAGGCGUUGAAAUUCUUAAGUCUUAGGUUAAGACAGAAAAAUCAGAUGAGCAAAACGUGUAAUAGCAAGUUAAAAUCAAUUAUGCAGAGGGAAUCAAGACUCUGAGGUUAUUUGAGAAUAGAGUGCAAGACAUAGAUGAUCGAGAAGAAAUGAUGUCAGAAGAAGAUGAUCAGUAAGGAAAGAGUGUUUUCCAAAGACAAUAAGAUGUGGACAAUGAGUAAGAAGGUUAACCACAGGAUUUCAAUAAUGUAUUUAGAUCAAGAAAGAAUUUAUCACUUGUAGUCAACAGUCAAGUUACCCCUCCUGUUGUUACCAAGUUAAGUUGGACUGCCAACAUUUUAAUACUCGUAUUGGUAGCAUUGAGUUUUGCAGAUUUCUUCGUUUGUCAAGCACAAUAUGAUGAAAUAUUUAAUACAAUCUUAUUGGUAGAGGAUACCAAUUUAAGAACUGCUGAAUUGCAUACUAUUUUAUCAACAACUCAAAAUUUGCAGAUGUUGAAUUUGAAUAUUUGGAGGUUGAAUACAAGUGCAGAUAUUACUGCAUAUGAAUAGUAAGAGAAAUCUAAACUUAAUAAAUCUAUAUAGUAGGUUUCUUAGUUAAAUAAAAAUUUGAUGUUGUCUGACAUCUUUAUCAGUGAUGAAUUAUCUGAAUUGUAGAGUGAGGAUGUAGUCAAAAUGAAAUUUGGAGAUGAGUAUCAAAGUUAUGACAUUAUGGAAGCUACUCAAUAAAUUGUGAGUAAAGCUUUAAAUGUACGAGAUAAGUAAUUAAGUAAAAUUGUAUUUGAGGAUGAUGAUGUUGGGUUUAUCAUCUACAAUCUCCUCAAUGAUCUCGUAUUCUAAUUAAGAAAUUCAAGUAACUUAUACGCAAUGGGUUUGACUAAUAAAACAACUGAGAAGAAAGAGACAUUUUUAAUUAUUUUAGGUGUAUCAGCAGGAGCCUUGGGUUUGGGGCUGUUGCUCUUGACUGUCAUAACGCUGUCUGUCAAUAAAACGCAGGAAGAAAUAUUGUCGAUGUUUUUAGAUAUUCCAGACAAGACAGUCAAAUAUUUGUAUAAUAAGAGUGAGAAUUUCAUUUCUAAUCUCCAAAUAGGAGAGGAGGAGGAAGUAUUAUCAGAGUUAGAGGAACUGGAAAAGGAGGAAUAAGAGGAACUUAAUAGAACAUUAAAGAGUAAAAGGAAGAAGAAGAAGUUUAAAAAUACUAAUAAAGAUUAGCGCAAUUACAUUUUCGCAUUCUUUUUAAUCAUUUUGAUUUUGUAGGCCUAUUUUAUAUUCAACUAUUUUAUGUCGGACACUCUUCUGAGCAAUUUGGCUUAAUUGGUGCCUGAAAUUAAUGCUACUUGUAGAGCAGAAGGCUUUUAUCGAUUUGUUGAUAAUGCAGAAAGAUCACUCUAUGUUAAUAGGAACAUGACAAUUUUGAAUGAGGACUCAUAUACGAUUGUAAAGGCUAACAUUGAUAAGUUGUAUGCAUUGGAUUCCUCAAUUCAUUAGGAACAUUCAUUGAAUGUGGAUAUCACCAAUUAGAUAUAUUCAGAUGCAUUCAAACAAAUGUUUAUGCUUCAACCAUGCACAGUGCUAUCUUAAGACAUGAAUGAGAUGUCAGAGACUGAUUGUUAGACAUUUGCUGAUGGCGCUAUGUAUUAAGGAAUGGCAGUUGGAGUGGCACGAUAUUUUGAGAAUAUUAGAUACAUAAUGACAAUUUAUGAUCAAUUUUGGAAUAAUUCUAAAGCCAAUUUUACAACGAUUGCUAGAGGUUUCACCACAUUUAAAAACAUUACUUAAGACUCUGAUAAUAUAACCAAUAACAUUCUGAAUCUAAACAACUUUAAUUAAUCGACGGAAUCAAGAGUGAUUUAGGAAACUUACAAUAGGGGUAAUUAUAUAUGUGAUUACUAAUUUUAGGAACAUUUAGGUAUUUAAUGUCGUAAAUGCAAGCAGGCAUCAACAAUGACAUUGAGAGUGCCAAAACUCAAAGAUUGGCAUUAUUCAUUGUAUUUGAGGUCUUGCUUUUUAUUAUUUACUUCAUUUUAUGGUUACCAUUAGUAUUGAAGAUGACAAGAGAUAUUUGGAGAACAAGGUCAAUGAUAAUGAUGAUCCCAUUGAGGGUGAUACAAAGAAUUAGAUCAAUUAAGCAGUUUAUCAAGGAAUUUUUACAUGCGAAGGAUCUUGAUUCUUGAUAUAAUUAUCUAUAUAUGUAUGCU